AUGUCGACUGAAGCGAUUAUUCCCAACGGCAAGGCACCGGCGCAGGAGCAUGAGGUCACCAGUUCUCAUCGUCAUGGCCCAGUGAGCGUACAGCCAGCGCGUCUGGCUGAUUUGCAGCCAAGAUAUGCCCAGCAGAUUCAGCACGAUGCAGAUAACCCAGAAGCGCAUGGGUGGUAUGCUUCCAUGAUCCACGGCCUCGGAGAGUGCAUCGGAUUUUUCGGCGCGAUUCCCUGCUGUAUCUGCUGCCCCAACCCCUUCAAGCCGGUCGACCAGGGUGAAGUGGGCCUGGUUUCAAAGUUCGGACGGUUCGAGCGUGCGGUUGAUCCCGGUCUGGUCAAGGUCAACCCGCUGAGCGAGCAUCUCACCACAAUCGAUGUGAAGAUUCAGAUUGUCGAAGUGCCACGCCAGGUUUGCAUGACCAAGGACAACGUCACCCUGAAUCUCACAUCGGUCAUCUACUAUCAAAUUAUCUCGCCCCACAAAGCGGCUUUCGGUAUCUCCAACGUACGGCAGGCGCUUGUAGAGCGCACACAGACGACCUUGCGACAUGUCAUUGGAGCGCGUGUUCUGCAGGAUGUCAUCGAACGCCGUGAGGAAAUCGCCCAGUCGACCGCAGAAAUCAUCGAGGAAGUCGCGUCUGGCUGGGGUGUCCAGGUUGAAUCCAUGCUCAUCAAGGAUAUCAUCUUCAGCAACGACCUGCAGGAUUCACUUUCCAUGGCCGCUCAGUCCAAGCGUAUCGGUGAGAGCAAGGUCAUUGCUGCUCGCGCCGAGGUGGAAUCCGCCAAACUCAUGCGCCAGGCUGCUGACAUUCUGUCCUCUGCUCCUGCCAUGCAAAUCCGCUACCUCGAAGCCAUGCAAGCCAUGGCCAAGACCGCCAACAGCAAGGUGAUCUUCCUGCCCGCCAUGAACCAGACGGUGCAGCAACAGCUCGCUGCCGCCGACAAUGCCGGGGAAGGCCCAAGCAGAUACUCCGGAGCUACCCAGGCGGACGACGGCUUCCAGCGUGCCAUGAAUGCGCGGGUGGUGGAAGACAUCUGA